CUUUUCUCUUUUGCUUUUUAUUAUUUUUACUUAUUUUAAUUAUGAGAUAUUCCAUUAUGACUAAAUCAAUUAACGUUAAAUUGUCUAACAGUCAAAACAAUGACCUAAUGUUUCGGCUAAUAUAUAGGCCGCAACAUCUAAUUAGAUUCAAUCUCACUCUUUUAUUAAACUAAAAACCAUGAAGAACGACAAUAAUCAUCCUUCUCCCUUUAAGUUGAAAUUUGAACAUCGACUUGUACAUCAACAAGAAGCAGAAGAGUUCACUAUCGAUGCUCAUGUCAAGAUUAUCCGACAAGGGCGGUCUCUUCCAUUACAAGAGGCCUUCUUCUCCUCCACUGUCGACAAUUUCAUAUUUGAAGACGAGGAUUGUCCAGAGAAAGUAGAACUCUACGAGUUAUUUAUGGACGCUGGAAUAGUCGAGUUAGAGGCUCAGUUUCUGCUUAUUGACAUGAUUUUGUACGUUUCUGAUAAAACAAAAUCGCUUGAUGACGAUUACAAAGGAGCUUUAACGUUGUCGGUCGAAGUUACAUUACCAUCGGAACCGGCCGAGCCGAUCCAUGCGGGUUCGGUGCAAACUCAAUCCCAAAAAGCAACUGGCAGACCGAAGAAGACGGUAGAGUUAAAACCAAAUCACAAAAUACAGAAAGUCAUGUACAAAAUUGGCGCUGAUGGCGUGUCAUUGGUCCGAUUCAACACAAGGUCACAAAGUAAUUAGGUAGGGUUUGUUACUUGGAACAGAAGCAAUGACUUUUAGGGCUUUUAAUCCUUUUGAAUUUUUCGUUUUUGGUUAAAAAAAUUAGGAUUUUGUCCUGUCCAUUCGAUUGGUGUUUGUUAGCCAUAAUACUAAUCUAAGCCA